UUUCCCGGUGUGUGGAGAGUGUUGUGGUCUCAGUCCUACCCGAAGAUCGGUCUAUGAGCUCUGAGCUCGCUCCGUAAUGGGGAGGGCUGGCUGGGUGACCAGCAGACGACCGAGGUGAAUUACACAGAUACAGAAAUAUUUCCUCGUGAUAAAACUAUGGGCAAUCAACAGUAGACAACUUAAUAAGAAUAAAACCAAUAAUCAUAUUUAUUUUGUUGCUGUUAAUAAUAGCAACAACAGUAACAACAAAGCCAUAGCAAUAAUGAUAGUUAGAAAGAAAAGUAACAACAGGAAAAGCAAAAAUUUUGUAUCGUUUGGGAAAGGUGAAACUCUGAGAGAGUCGAGGAUCAGCACCAGCCUGAGGAGUGUGCCAUUUGAAGAUGUGUAGAGCGAUAGCCAACUGAUACUCAAAUUCUUUUCCUCUCUCUCUCUCUCUCUCUCUCUCUCUCUCUCUCUCUCUCUCUCUCUCUCUCUCUCUCUCUCUCUCUCUCACUUCUCCACCAUACUCCGUGACGAGAGGAGCGGCAGGUUUGAGCUCUUCUGGAAAGUCAUUACCCCUGGGCUUUACAGGGAAGGUCUCUUGCAGUAACUCCUUGAGCAGAGGGCAGGAGAGUGACACUUCCGGUUUCGAAGAAGGAACGAGGGUCCGAGACCGAGAGUGAGAAGAAAGAAACCGGCGGUGGACGCCACAUGGACACAUUCAAACUCUUCAAAAUGGCUCUUGCACGAGCAUCUUCCCAAGACAUUGACAGGAUGCAAGCACAAAAGAUGCUAGACAAAAAGAUGAAUAAGGCAAAGGGGGAGUUGGUGAAGCUGCAACAAUGUUAUGACACAGCUGUUGAUGAUAUCCAGAAGCACUACUGUAAUGCUUCUGCUGCAUUGACAGCUAUAAAAGAAAAGGCAGUGAAGGCCUUGGAUACAUACAUGCUUAAGUAUCAGAAGAGACUCAGAGAAGAAAUAAAGAGCAUGAGAGAACUUCAAGAAAGUCUCUCAUCAUCUUCAUUAAAUGACAAGAUGGAUAAAGAUUGUCUCAGUGAUGAUGAUUCCAUGGGCAUGACAAAUAGUCAUGACCAGGCAGUGGCCCGCAUCAUAGAGAUGUAUGUUGAGAAGGUCCCAUGCUUCAGAUUUCUGGGUAAUGAAGCAUUCCUCUUUCAAGUGAUUAAUGGAAAUUUUCUUCCGUACUUUGGCUCUGUCACAGUGGAUAACAAAAUACUGGCAACAGAUCUGCAUCUGCAUGGCACUGUGGAUCCAUAUAAUUUAUGUUACACUUUCAGGAUUGAUGUGCCAAAUGGACUCUCAGAUAUUGAAGAUAUGAAAUCCAAAAUCAAAUGUCAGCUUUAUGAUAAGGAGAGAAAGGAUUCAAUGUAUUUCACUCCAGUGUGGGCCUCUGAUCAUUUUGAAAUAAAGGUGGGCUUUCCAAUAAAGACCACCUUCUCCUUGGGUGUGUACUUCUUGGAGCAGCAUAUAUCUGGUAGCCCAGUAGAUGAUAAUCUGGACAGUGGCAUUCUACAAACAGCUAACUCAGACAUAAAGGAUAUGGAAGUUGUUAAACAAUCAACCAAGAGAACCUUAGGGAUGUCUGAUUCCCUUGUUGAAGCAGCCCUACAUGAAAUCAACAGCAGUAUUGACACAAACAACAAUAGCAACAGUAUCAACAACAGCAACAGCAUCAACAACAGCAACAGCAUCAACAACAAGAGCAACAAAAACAAUUCAGAUAUUUUAGAAGUAAAUCUACAGAUCUCUGGGAGAACAUGCAAGAUUUCAAAGAGGACAAAACUACCAUUUUCUCCAUCAGAUAUCAAAUCUGUUCAGCCCCUUUUCGAGGUGCCUAAAGCUUCACGCAAGGAGAAUGUAACAAGCAUACAAGAUUCAGGAGUGUCAUGCAGUUCUCCUGUUGGCCACGAAGAACCAGUCAUUGAGGCUCAGGAAAAACAAGGUGUUCGGGCAGUAAUUAAUUAUAGGAGAACACCAUAUGCAAGACCACUUCCUUGCAUUGAGGAAGAAUGUUGUUCCAUCCCAAUUCAUAAAAUUGAUGCAAAAUAUUGUCCUAAUCAAGUUGUUGAUUCUGAAAAAGAUGCUUCAAAAAAGAAGCAAAGCACACUGGAGCAACCAAUUGAGACCACCACUGAAUGUUUUGGGGAUCAUGAAAACUCAAGUAGAAAGAUUUGCUUUCCAAACAAAUUCAUAAGUCACACUUUUCAUCCAGAUGUGUGCCGUCGUUUUCCAAGACGUAAAGGGAACAACCCUGAAGACUUUGCCAGAAUUUUGGCUCGGCUUACACAGUCCUCCAGGAAUAAACAAGUUGAUUCUGAGACAGAAGAUGUGCUUGUGGAAGAGGAAGUUUCGUACUGUGAGGAAGACAUCCCAUUGCCAGAGGAAGAGUUGGUCAAGCAGGAAAGCCUUAAUGGUGAAGAUAUGUUUGAAGGACAAACUCUUGGGAACCUUAUGAUCAAGACUGUACCAUUCAAUGUAGUUGAAGCAAAACUGUCUUUUGUAACUUCCAUUGAAGCCCCACAUGAUUUGAAUCGCCCAGUUGGGGUCAUGGAACAUUCCAGUGGGAACAUCAUAGUGUCAGACACUUUCAAUGACCGUGUGCUUAUCCUGAACAAUGACGGAGCUCCCAUCGGCCUUGCAGGGCCCUCCAUGGGAUUUCGACGACCAUCAUCUAUAGUUGAACUGUGGGAUGGAUCUUUUGCUGUGAUUUGUAGUAGCUUCAUAGCUCUGUUUGAUGCUAAAGGAACCUACACAAAUAUACUGGGGAAAAAUCUCCUACAAAAGCCGUAUGGAUUGAGUUUAACUCAGGAUGGAAAGCUGUUGACAGUGGAAACUGCUUAUUUAGGCUCUUUAGUCAUUGUUACCUACUGCCCUGAGCUGAAGAUUGAACUAUCAAGAUUGAGAGUGCCCCUGCAACUGCAUGCCAAUCAAGAGGGUCUCAGCAAGCCCAGAUUUAUGACAAGCUACAAGGAUAAGAUCUAUGUGGGGGAUCUAGGAUUGAACUGCAUCUAUGAAGUUUGCUAUACAAGCGGAUGUUUGCUGAGUAUAUUUGGCAGCACAGGGAGUGAACCUGGAUGUCUAGUAGAUCCUUCAGGCAUCACUUGUGACCCAAAUGGUAACAUUUUUGUUGCUGACAGCCGGAAUCAUCGGAUCCAGGUGUUUGAUGACUGCAAGAGAUUCAUAUGCAUCAUAGAUGUAGACUACCCUCUCAACCGACCCUCAGGAAUAUAUUUGGCAUGCAGUGACCACCUGCUUGUGCUCAAUUAUUGGGAAAACUCUGUUGCAAAAUAUCAUUUAACUUACAAUUCAUUUAAAUGAACUUCAACAGUAUGCUGAUGUGUGGCAAAAAUGCAUUUUAUGUUCUAUCUUUUUACUCAUUACAUUAUGAAAGUAUUUUUGAUGUUGAAUUAGAAUAAUUUUCUUUCUAAAACUUGAAUGAAUCUUGUCUUAAAGAAUGAGGCAGAUGUGUUCAUGAUUGGUCCACACCGCAAGUUUGCCUCUAGUUUAUUCAUGCAGUAUUUAUUUCCAUUAGUCAUGUUUGUGCUGCCCAAGCCCUUUAUGCUGGUAAAAUAGUAAAAAAUAGUAGAAAUCACGUUAGAAAAUGUCAGUCAGAUACUCGUCAUUUGUUAAGUUCCUUUUAGAUAUUGAAGCAGGAUAUUAUCCUUGUAGUAUUUUGCAAUAGUAAGUUUGUGCUCGCAAAACCUUCAUACUAAUUAAUAAAUUUUGAUAAUUAUAGAAAUCAAAAUGUAACCAAUAUCAAAUAUGCAGCAUUUAGUAAGGCCUUUCUAUAGAAAUGUAAGAAGGAAAGUUUUUCAGUCAACAGACUUGGGUUGAAUGAUAAACCCAGUAUAUAUUUUUAUAUUUUGUAAGCAUAACAUUGCAUUGUUUUGCUAAAGUUUGUGUAUGAUUGUCAGGUAUUUCUAUUAUAUUUUUGCUUAGCAUUACUUUUAUUUGCUAGCUCACAAUUUAUCUCGAUAACUAUGUUACUUAAUGUAAAACAAUUUGUGCCAUGAAUCAUAUUGUAAAAAUUUGUUCAAUAAGAUUUAGGUAUUCU